AUGCGUGUUCUUGGUACUAUGAAUGACUGUCCAGCGCCUAUUUACCCAAGCGUAAGGAGUUUGAGCGCCGACAGGAUUGCUGUUGCCAUCGCGAACCGGUGUGUUGUGUUCGUCGUUGUGUUACCAGAAGGCAGGGAGUCCAGCAAAGGGUCCAAUAUUGCUUGCGACUGGGAAUCAGCAACCUGCCACAUUAACGAUCAUGGAUCGAACCACGCCAACGUGAUAUCCCUCCAACUCUGCUCCAGUGAUCCCAAAUCUCACCACACACAACGCACGCGACGAUCAAUUGCUUACACUUCGCCAGACCCUCCAAGUGCGCCCAGACCAAAGGAGAGCACCUCCAGUAGCAUCGUUCUCUCGUUUGAUCGAUCGACAGAAGACAAGCUACACGACUUCAACUACUACGCUAAAAAAUUCAGGCGGAACCAGGCUCGACAUCCAGAUGCAAAAGGCGUCUUGUGUGACACCUCAGCAGCUGUUUGCAGAAUGGAAGGUCUUCAGUCCAACACGGCGUAUAAAUUCGUGGUGAAAGCAUGCGCGACCAAGCCCUCAGAGUUGUGUAGUCUAAAUUCUCCUGAAUCUGUCGUGAUGUACACGAAACCAGAGACGCCCGAUGCUCCAACUGUAAAGGAAUCCACUUCCAACAGCAUCACCGUCGCCUACACGAAAUAUCCCACCCAAGCAAAUUUGGCAGUGUCUGUUAGAGCAUCACCAGUGGGUGGUGAGGCAGGUGAAACCCGUGAAGCUGCCUGCAACAACGAGGAGGCGACAUGCCACCUAAGUGGCCUCGAAGCGAACCGAGCCUAUUCCGUGUCCCUCAAAGCCUGCACUACCGAUCCCACACCACACUGCAGCCAAUGGUCUGAAUCCACGACAAUGUACACCAGACCCAAUCUGAAAGCACUUUGGAAACGCACGUUCCUUUCUGCUCCGAAUGCACCCAAACUGAGGGACGCCACAUCCAGUAGCAUCGUUCUCUCGUUUGAUGGAUUGACAGAAGACAAGCUACACGACUUCAGCUACUACGCUGCAGAAGUCUGGCAGAACCAUAUCCAGCGUCCAGAUUCAAAGGGCGUUUUGUGUGACACCUUAGCAGCUGUUUGCAGAAUCGAGGGUCUCCAGUCCAACGCGGCGUAUCAAUUCGUGGUGAAAGCAUGCGCGACCAAGCCCUCACAGUUGUGCAAUCUGAACUCACGUGUAUCUGCCGUCAUGUACACGAAACCAGAGACGCCCGAUGCUCCAACUGUAAAGGAAUCCACCUCCAACAGCAUCACCGUCACCUACACGAAAAAACUCAGCCUAGCAAAUUUGGUAAUGUCUGUUAGAGCAUCACCAGUCGGUGGUAAGGGAGGUGAAACUCGAGAAGUUGCCUGCAACAACGAGGAGACGACAUGCCACCUAAGUGGCCUCGAAGCAAACCGAGCCUACGCCGUGUCUCUCAGAGCCUGCACUUCUAACCGCUUUGAGAAACGUUGUAGCCAGUGGUCAGACAAUACCACAAUGUUCACCACACCAAACCGGCCUGCUGCUCCAACAAUGACGGAAUCCACCUCCAAAAGCAUCACUGUCACCUACACAGGGAAACCCAGCCUAGCAGAUUUGGCAAUGUAUGUCAGAGCAUCACCAGUGGGUGGUGAGGCAGGUGAAACCCGUGAAGCUGCCUGCGACAACGAGAAACUCACUUGCAAACUACGUGGCCUCAAGGCAAACCAAGCCUAUACCGUGUCCCUCAAAGCCUGCUCUACCAACCGCUACGAAAAACGUUGUAGCCAAUGGUCAGAACCCACGACUGUGUACACAACACCAAGCACUCCAAGUGCGCCCAGACCAAAGGAGAGCACCUCCAGUAGCGUCGUUCUCUCGUUUGAUCGAUCGACAGAAGACAAGCUACACGACUUCAACUACUAUGCUAAAGAAGUCAGGCAGAACCAGGCUCGACGUCCAGAUGCAAAAGGCUUUUUGUGUGACACCUCGGCAGCUGUUUGCAGAAUGGAAGGUCUCCAGUCCAACACGGCGUAUCAAUUCGUGGUGAAAGCAUGCGCGACCAAGCCCUCAGAGUUGUGUAGUCUAAAUUCUCCUGAAUCUGCCGUGAUGUACACGAAACCAGAGACACCCAAUGCUCCAACAAUGAAGGAAUCCACCUCCAACAGCAUCACCGUCACCUACACGAAGAAACCCAGCCUAGCAGAUUUGGCAAUGUCUGUCAGAACAUCACCAGUGGGUGGUGAGGCAGGUGAAACUCGUGAAUUCCCCUGCAAUAACGCGAAGGCGACAUGCCACCUGAGUGGCCUCGAAGCGAACCGAGCCUAUGCCGUGUCUCUCAGAGCCUGCUCUACUAAACGCUACGAACAACGUUGUAGCCAGUGGUCAGACAAUACCACAAUGUUCACCACACCAAACCAGCCCGAUGCUCCCGUUUUGACGGAGUCUACGUCUAACAGCAUCACCGUCACCUACACGAAAAAGUCCACCGAAACAAAUUUGGCAGUGUCUGUUAAAGCAUCACCAGUGGGUGGUGAGGCAGGUGAAACCCGUGAAGCUGCCUGCAACAACGAGGAGGCGACAUGCCACCUAAGUGGACUCGAAGCGAACCGAGCCUAUUCCGUGUCGCUCAAAGCCUGCACUACCGAUCCCACACCACACUGCAGCCAAUGGUCUAAAUCCACGACAAUAUACACCAGACCCAAUCAGCCGCGAAACCUGCGGCUAGAGAACGUUUCAUCAAACCAAAUAGAGGUGUCAUGGGAAGAGCCUGUGCCGAACGCUGAGACCAUCAGCAAUUAUGAGGUUACUGCUUGGGACCAGAACAACCGCACCACACCCUGCACCUUUGAACGUUCCGAAUUGAAAUGCUCCCUGAAAAAUCUCCAGCCAACUACACAGUAUACAGUCAGUGUAAAGGCCUGUUCAAGGAGCAAUUUUUGUGGUGCAGCAGUUCAGGCAUCCACGUGGACGAGGCCUGAAAAGCCAUCAAACUUGGUCAUAUCUCGACAGGAAGUUAAUAGCAUUGAGUGCAAAUGGCAAGGACUGAGCUCCGCUAACAAAUUCGUGCACUACGAAGUGUCGUUGCACUAUGCCAACAGUCGACAUCAAAUCAAGGCAAUAACAGUGCCUGCCCACCGCCAGGUGGCCAGUUUUAGCUAUUUACAUGCCCACACCAGCUACUCCAUUCUCCUGCGCGCUUGUGCAAGCGACGACAGUGGCCGACCGCGGAACUGCGGUGAAGCAGUUGAGGCGUCUGGUUACACCAGACCAAGCAAACCAUCUGCGUUGACUAUUGGAGAACGCACCUCGUCCACAGUCUUACUUCACUAUCGGAAGCUACAAGAAGAUAACGAAAAUUCACACUUCACCUAUUCGUUGACGUACCGAACCAAGGAAGGUGGUGAAACUAGAACAAUUGUGUGUAAAACUUCCGCGAAGACUUGUUACGUCACCGGACUCGCUGCAAACAGCGAAGUGACAGCUUCAUUAAAGGCUUGUUGCAGUCACGGGCUUUGCAGUCCAGCAUCUCCAGACAUACUCAUGUAUACAAAACCAGGAGCUUGUGAAAAUCUCCGCACGAUAAAUCUUGCGAUGACUUCAAUCGAGGUGUCGUGGUCGAAACCUCGUGUUAACGGUGAAGCACUCACCAGUUACAAGGCGAUUGCUACCGACCCGCAAGGCAGGCAGUCGUUCUGUGUGGUGCCUGUCGAAAACCAGGAGAGACUAGUCUGCACAUUUCAAGGCCUCUCACCUUGCUUGGAGUACGCAAUCUCAGUCAAUGCCUGUGCUCGCCGCAAUGAUUGUGGCUUGCCGGUCACCAUGACCGCAUCUACUCUUUCUGUCGGUAAGUUUAUAGGUGGCAUACUUUGUCGGUUUAGGGGUGAACAGUAA